ACAAAAUAAUAUCACGUGACGUAAGUGGGCGGUCCUCCGACAGCGCUGCUGAAAAAAGCCAUUUUCUGGCGCUGCUGCUGCAAAUUUUGUUCAAGUCCAGAUAAAUAUUUCACCUGGAUCGUAUUGUAGAGCAGGGAACAACUUGGAUGCCAAAACAGAUCCGUCCACAUGGAGAAAAUGCAACCCAACCGGAUUAAAAUCACAGACCUAAACCCACACCUCACAUGUCCACUCUGUGCUGGUUACUUAAUUGAUGCCACCACCAUCGUCGAGUGUCUACACUCCUUCUGUAAAACUUGCAUUGUUGCCUUCCUCGAGACAAAUAAGUUCUGUCCUCGAUGUGACGUCCAGGUCCACAAGACGUGUCCACAGCUCAGCAUCAAGGCCGACAAAACCCUACAAGAUAUUGUUUAUAAGCUCGUUCCAGGUUUAUUCAAAGAUGAAAUGAAACGGAGGCGAGACUUCUACGCAGCGAACCGUGAGCUGGAGCCAGGGGAAGUGGUGGAGACAUUCAACAUCGCAGAGGAUGAAAUCAUCAGUUUGUCCAUACAGUUCUACGAGAGGAAUAAAAACGAGAAGCAGCGCUCAGAGGUGGACGGUGACAAGGCCAAUGGUAAACGCUUCCUCCAGUGUCCAGCAGCCAUGUCCGUCAUGCACCUAGCAAAGUUCCUUCGGAGCAAGAUGGACAUUCCCAACAACUACAAGGUGGAGGUUUUGUAUGGGGACGAGCCCUUGAAGGAUUACUACACACUAAUGGACAUCGCCUAUUUCUACGAGUGGAGAAGAACUGGGCCCAUCCCUCUGCAGUAUCUGGUCAAACCCAACCGGAAGCGCAGGAGGCCAUCAAAGUCCACGGCUCAGGGCCACUCUGAUGGCGUCAACACGAGCCCGGCCUCGGAGACAGACUCCCAGAGCGACAAGGUCCACAGUCCUGUGGCGACCCAGCCAGCCCGUCCCUCCUCACAGUCCAACCCGGCAACUUCCCAUAACUCCUCCCCCACCGUUCAAAGCUCCAACGGUACCGCUGUGUCCAACAGUGCUCCACGACACACUCACACCUCCAAACAGGGCGCUAAUGCUCGCAAGGUGACUGUCAACGGCACAAGCUCUGGAGCAGGCAAAGAGGAGACGAGGUGCAGCAACAAAAGCAGUUUGCCCCCGGCCACCUAACAUGUGACUGCAACAUCGGGAGGGAAGUGUUGGAAUUUCUCUCUUUCUUUUUUUUUUUUUUUCUUUUUUUUUUGUCUUCUUUCUUUGAAGUCAGUUCAAAUUUGUUCUUCUGGACAAACGCGGAGCCCAGAUUCCUGUUCUCACCUUCCAACAGCAGAGACUGAACGUGCAGCCAAAUGGACACCUGUCUGUGUGUGUGCACGUGUUAUGUGUGAUAGACUAGAAGGAUGCACACAUACACAAACUGUACAAUGGGUAUCAAAUGUGAGCAUGUGCGCGUACAUAUGUAUAAACUUAUCUUUUAUACAGAUAUUGUAAUUGGUUUUCUAUGUUUAUGCAGUGGCUUCCUUUCAUUUCUGUUUCACAGCUGUUCAUUCGCUUUGGAUUUGUUCCCGAAAACAGGUUAACACCAAAUAUUGGAAACGCCCUAACAGUUUGUCCACUGUUCAGUACCAGGAACUUUCAGUACUAGACAACUUUUUUUUUUUUUUUUUUUUUUGGAACUUAUUUCGCAGAUUUUUAUUUUGAGUGUCCGUCACAACUAGGUAAGUACAGAGUGACUGUCUGAAAAAUAAAGGUCCAGGACUCCAGGUCUGAUUCCAUGGCUGGACUUCCUGGUCAGUUCAUUGGUCUUUGAGAAAAAAUGUGGCCAUUGGUAACCAGCAAAAGAAGAAUAGAACCCUAACCCUAAUUAGGUAUUCUACUUUUUUUUAAAUAAAAAAUGAACGUGCGUUAGGGAUGACCACAAAGUCUUAAGGCCUAAAACUUUUUUGUACUGUUUAUUUUUAUUUAUGUUUUUUGAUGAGUGUUUCCACUAAAGGUUUUGGGACUGUUUUUUUAAGGCUUUAAAGCAGGAAUCUUCACACACCUACAUUCAGAUAACCUGUUACCAUCAAAAACGGACUUCCCGUUUGAAUAUUGAAUAUGAAUUCUGGUACUUAAAGUCCUGGUACUAAAAUUAGGCUGUUAAAUUUGGAACAAUCCUGGUACUGCCUGCUGUGUAAAUAUCCAGUAUGAGUUAGCAGCACAUUCAGACAAAACUGUCAAAGCACUUUUUUUUUAAAUGUCGGAUCACAACGUCCAAGCCGAAAAGUAUUUUCCAACAAGGAAACAAUUCUAUAUCAACAGUAUCAAGCACUACCAUGGAGUUAAGUCACAGGACAGGUGCGUCUUCUGUCGGUUCAAUAAUAAUAAACAAGAAGGGAUUUUGAACGUUUGGUUGCGUCUGUUGUAGCUCCAUUGUCAACAUUCCUCUUUGACAAAGUUUGUUGUUUUGCAGCUAUAUGUGCAUGUCAAUAAAAAUGUUUAAAUAUAAGGUCUGUCUGAUCUGACUCUUCUUGUUUGACUUAAUUGAGCUUCUGUUUAUUUUAUAGGGGACAGUAACGGGCAGGGGCCAGUAACAAAACAAAUCAAACAUAAAAAAUAAUCAAGAUUAUUAAUGUAUUAGGUGAAAGGAUUCAGACAACAAAUACAGUUGAAUUUUAAAACUAUUUAAAACGUACGUAUUUUCUGGACUAUAAGUCCCUCUGGAGUAUAAGUCUCACCAGACAUAAAAUGAAUAAUGAGGGAAAAAAAAACAUAGAAGUUGCUCUAAAGUAGGGUGCACUUGUACCCUCUAGCAGUUGACUGUGUGAAAAUAAAAAUUUUCAGUGGUACAGGAGUAGCAGAUACUGGUACACAAGCCUCUGAUUGGAUGGCUUUGUCGAAGGCAUUCCUCUCUGAUGAGGAUGGUCUUGUCCUUCUUCUUGGAGUCUGACUCCAAGAAGAAGGACAAGACUCACCGAUUACCCUGACCUUUGUCACUCAGAUAUAAUCCAUAUCUUAACAUCAUUAUGUCUAUAGAAACCAUCCGUAAUGUGCAGAAAUGUAAUAUAACGAGUCAUUAUAAGCUAGAUAACUCACAGGGACGCAGGCACUCACGUACGACUUAUAUAUUAAAAUAUAUAAUUUCACGUGUCGUUAUUUUCACACUGACAGCCGCUAGAGGGCACUCUAGGAAAUAAGGUCUGGAAAAUAUGGCAUAUGGUACCGAAAGCAGCGCAACCAGGGAAAAGGUGAGAUGGGCAAGAAUGGAUGAAAAGAACAAAUAAAUAAAUAUUACCAGGCCUAUAUUGGUAUUGGUUGAUAUCGGGUUUAUAAGGGUUUAUAUUGGACAUCCCUAGCUCAAGCGUUUUUAUCGUUUUCUACGCCAACCCCGAGCCUAUGUUUGCUCAUGGCUGGUCUUGGUGGUCAACCCACCAAGUCAAUUUGUGUGGACCGCGGAAGCUUAAAAAGUGAAAAAGGUUUGUUUGUCACACAGCAAGGUACAAUAUUUGUAACUUCAAAAAAAUAAUAAUCUAUUGCAGAAGCAUUAUAGAGACUAUAGAGUCUUUCAGUUAUGACAGGCCCUUCAAGAGGAAGAGAAAAUUCGAUACGGUUGCAUAGAUAAAGAAAAUAUUGAGAUUUUGACAUUUAUUUGCUUCGCUGCACCACUCUUGUAAUGGCUUCCUGUCACAUAGAGGGGCCUGUUUCCCCCACUUUGGGAACCACUGCCCCCCCAUAGAAUGUAUGGUUUCCACAUCAUGUGGCCAUUUACACUAUUUUACACAACAGAAAAUCCACAGUGAGUCCAUGCGGCGUUCUUUUAUAACUGUUAACGAGAGCAAUCACACAUUUAUAUCAGCAUGUUAUUAAGGUGUGUACCAUCGAACAUAAUAGUAUCUAAUCUACAACACGAGAGCUGCCAACAAUCAUCGAAUGGCUAGUCAGUAUUUAUUCAGGGUACACUUGAUGGUCAAUCUUCUUCUUGUUGAAACGUGAGAGAAUAACAUGUUUUUCGAAAGGUAGUUAUGGUCAGCUUUUUUUUU